AUGCGACGACCGAGCGCGCGAAAUAAGAGCCCGUACGUCGCGGACGUGCGCGUGAAGAGCGAUGAAAGCGUCGCGAUCGCGCACGUCCCGAAUCUGGACUCGGGAGGGAAACUGCGGGAAGGAGCGCGCGCGCUGUGCUCGCGGCAAAAGGGCGUGACGGCGACGACGCUCGGACAGCACGGGACGCCAAAGUGUGAAUUGAUAUGUCGGUUGUUGCGGUGCGAGGAGAGAGAGAACGAACACUUGGGAGGGGUGUGGUUGAGCGCGCAUCCGAGCUUGGUGGAGAAAAUCGCUCUGGCGCUGUUGGAGAACGGGGCGCUGGACGACCGCCUGCACGCGUCGCCGAUCAUCAGAGACGAAAUCAAGACGCAGAAAACUCUUAAGCGCGAAGUGACGGAGAGCGCGUCGAAUUCAUACCGACCAGAUUUUGCCUUGAAACACGAAGAUGGGUCGACGACGAUAUUGGAGGUGAAGCAAGUCGUCGACACGGAUUACGCUAGAGAAUUUGUUGAGGCGCAAGCUCGAGAGCAGUCGCCGCACCCCGCGUAUUCUCCAAGCGCGAAGAAAGGUGAGCCAUACGCGCGCGCGGGAAUAUUUCCAUGGGGAAAACGAGGUCAGAAAGGCCCGGAUGGUGAAAAAGUGGUGAGCGCCAGGGCGAUCGAGCACUUGCGCGAGCUCAGCGAACUCGCGUCCAAGAGUCCCGACGUCCACCCGGCGGUGCUUUUUAUUUGUAGUAGAGCAGACGCAAUGGGUAUGCGUCCUAACGGUGCGGCGUGCCCAUCGUUCGCAAAACAUUUAUCGCGGGCUCAGCGCAAGGGCGUUCGAGUUUUGGUGCAAAAAGUGCGUUGGGGUGAGGGCGACGAUGUCGGAAAAGCUUUCGACGCCGGGCCGCUCGAGCUCUGGCCCGCGCUUGAAGAGGGCGACGAGUUUACGAUGAAGUAG